AUGCACGCCCAGGUCGCCCAAGAAUCGCCGGAAGGACCCACCGCCUCUUCAGGCCCUGCGGCUGUUCCAGCGGCCUCUCAGCAGACGGACUCACGUAGUCCGGCAAGCCCCCUGGUUGCCAAUUCCCCUGGCAAUUCCCCUGCCAAUUCCCGGGGAUCUUCGGUCACGCCUCCUUCGACGCCUCCUCCAGCGCUGCCCGUCUUCGUGGACCCAUGCCCUGAUGACGUCGAGUCUUCGAUCGACUACCCUCCGCCUGCCCAACACCCCCCUUCUCCUUUGGGGCGGCUCAGGGCCUUCCUGGUUAAUUACUUGCCUGAGCUAGGGAUUGGGCCCACGUCAGGCCUCCCUUCGCACGUACCACUCGGAGGGUUCGCCGUCGAAUGGAGUGUGCAAGGACGCAGGACCUCUUUCGGAAGAACAGACGCUCCUGCGCCCACCAAUGUGCUGGAUGGGCCCCCUGCUGAGUCACCUGGUGACCCCGUCGCCUUCUUCGACUUCCGUGCAGGGGUCAUGGCCCCCUCGGCGCCGGACUUGAGAGAGCACAUUGAGCCCCCCGCCAAGCCUGAGGUCCUCGAGCUCAUCGAUCCCAUUUCGGCUGAGGAGAUAACAGCUGCCUUCCCUAGGGGCUCUACGGCGCCCGGACCUGAUGGUGUCUCUUGUCGCUCUCAGGGCCGUCCCGGUGACCUUCCUCGUGGUCAUCAUGAACUUAUUCCUCGUGGCUGGGGAUGUGCCGGAAUACCUUCACAAGGCAAGGACGGUGUUCAUUCCGAAAGUGGCUCAGCCCAGCUGCCCUGGUGA